AUGCAACUCCUUGCUGUCCUCGCCCUUGCUGCCGUCCCCUCGGCGUCGGCCGCCCUCCAGGCCGGAUCUUCAGCUACCUCGAUGGCCUUGAGGAACGUCUUCGAGCGGCAGUUGCAGUUUUGCAAGCCCGUUCCCGCCCCAUACACCUGCGAGCGCUCCUGCGGAGUCGGCUUCGUCGAGUGUAUUGCCUUUCCUACCUGCUACAAUCCCAGCAGAGGAGACUCGUGCUGCUCCAACGGCAAAUACUGCCCCAAGGGCUUCUACUGCACCAACGCCGGGUGCUGCGAGAACGGGCAGUCUCUCGAGGAGUGUGGCGCUACCGUCUCCUUGAGCGUUCUUCCUCCGCCAAGCACCAAGACGGCUACCCUGCCUGCACGGCCAACUUCAACUCCGUCCUCGACCCUUUCUGAGCCUACAGAUACGUCUGGGGCCGAGCCUGUCAGCACGCUGUCUGCUUCUUCCACUGCUGUAGGCACUCUGACGGGCACCACGCCUUCGACCAACGGCACUGCCGGUGCCACUGGCCCUCCCGUCGUCACCGCUGGUGCGGGCAGAAAGGGGGCUGUCGCCCUUGGUGCUUUGGGUGCGUUUGUUCUGGCCAUCUAG